AUUGAACAUAUAUAAUUUUUUGCUAUUACUAGAUUUUUAGCUUAAAGUUCAUGAUAUUAUUAUUAUUAAUAUUAUUAUUCUUAUUUCAUAAAUUUAUUUUAAUAUUGAUAUUAUAAUAAAUAGUAUUAUUAGUGAUGAUAAUAUUUAGAAAAUAAUAAUUUUUGAAAAAUAUUUUUUCAAAAUUUUAUACUAAUUUAAAAUAUACUUUUUAAUUUAUUUAUUUCAAAAUAGCUUAACGGUUCAUUUGUUUAUCAUAAAUAUUUUCAUUAUUUAUAUGUUUAUAUAUUCAAUUAUUUUGUUAAAAAUCCUUACUACAACUUAUACAUCAAAAGUGUUACGAGUCAUAAAAGUUUUAAUAAAAUAAUAACUUUUAUUUUUACUGCAAACUUACCACAUAAACUUAGGGGGGGUGUAUUCAAUCUAAAAUUUGAGGUGAUUUAACUUUUAAUGAGGUUUUAGAUGAUUUUAAGGAAUUGCAGAGAAUAAAAUGAUUUUUGUUAAACCACUCUAGAAUAUUACCUAAAACCAUGGGAUUUGAGUUUUAUUUUUUUUAACUAAGAAACUCCACCCAAACACUUUAAAAUCACUUGAAAAAUUUAAAACUCCACAACUUAAAAUAUUUUCAAUAACAAUGGAUUUCAGAGUAAUUUAUAAAAUGUCAAGUUCAAUAACACUGGAUUUUAAAUGAGUUUUUAAAAUUCAUGUUUCAAUAACAGUGGAUUUGUCAUUUUGAAACAAAUCACCUAAAACUCUCAAUUGAAUACACCCCCCCCCCCUUACAGUUUUUACCAUAUAAUUUUUACUGCGAAUUACAUCGAAUUAUAAAUCAUACCAAUCGGAGUCUCUAUUCCUUUCUAUUCCAUGUAUUCCUUUCUUUAUUUACAAGUUUCAGCCAAUGGCACAAAGUAAUAAUCUCCACCAAUAUCCCCCACUACCUCAAAAAUCAACCGUUCACUACUCUGUCCCAUAAUAACCACGACUCCGCACAGACUAAAACGUUACAGAACAUAACUAUCAAAUUCCAAAAAAAAAAACCUCUCUAGGAGAAAAGAAGAUCACAAAUGUUUAGAGUAAGCAAUUUCGUGGUGGGUUUAGCCAACACGUUGGUGAUGUUAGUGGGCGUAUCAGCCAUAGGCUACUCCAUUUACAUGUUCGUUCACCAAGACGUGACUGACUGUGAAUCAGCGAUACGUGCACCACUCCUCACGACCGGAAUCGUCCUCUUUGUUGUGUCUUUAAUCGGAGUGAUAGGAUCUUGCUUCAAGGAGAAUCUCGCCAUGGUCUCUUACUUGAUCAUACUGUUUGCGGGCAUUGCUGCGUUGAUGGUUUUCUCGGUGUUUCUCUUCUUUGUGACUAACAAAGGAGCCGGUCAUGUGGUGUCUGGUCGAGGGUAUAGAGAAUACAAGACGGUUGAUUUCUCGACUUGGCUUAACAGUUUUGUUGGGGGGAAGAGAUGGGUUGGUAUAAGGUCUUGUCUGGCUGAGGCUAGAGUUUGUGAUGAUUUGAGUGAUGGUCGCGUUAGUCAGAUCGCUGAUGCGUUUUAUCACAAGAACUUGUCUCCCAUCCAGUCGGGUUGUUGUAAGCCACCGUCGGAUUGCAACUUUACGUUCAGAAACGCGACGUUUUGGAUACCACCGGCCAAAAACGAAACGGCGGUUGCGACCAAUAACGGCGACUGCGGUGCGUGGAGUAACGUGCAAACGGAGUUGUGCUUUAACUGCAACGCAUGCAAAGCGGGUGUGUUGGCGAACAUAAGAGAGAAGUGGAGGCAUCUUCUUGUUUUCAACAUCUGUCUCCUCAUCUUCCUCAUCACCGUCUAUUCUUGCGGUUGCUGUGCUCGUCGUAACAAUCAAACAGCUAGGAAAAGUGAUUACAGAACAAUGGAAGGUCAGCUAAGACAAUUACAAGACAUAUUCAACCGGUUCGACAUGGACGGAGAUGGAAGCCUAACCAUCUUAGAACUCGCGGCGCUUCUCCGGUCCCUUGGUCUGAAACCUUCAGGCGACCAAAUCCACCUUUUGUUAGCAAGUAUGGACGCAAACGGCAACGGUUUCGUCGAGUUUGAUGAGCUUGUAGGAGCCAUUCUUCCUGACCUGAACGAAGAGGUCCUUAUCAACUCCGAGCAGUUAAUGAACAUUUUCAAAUCAUUUGAUAGAGAUGGUAAUGGAUUCAUCAGCGCGGCUGAAUUGGCUGGAGCCAUGGCUAAGAUGGGACAACCAUUGACGUAUAGAGAACUAAGGGAGAUGAUCCAAGAAGCUGAUACAAACGGUGAUGGUGUUAUAAGCUUUGGUGAAUUCGCUUCAAUUAUGGCUAAAUCUGCUGUUGAAUAUUUCGGUUUAAAGAUUAAUUCAUGAUGAUCCAUUUUCUUUAUGUUUUU